CUUAAAAGAUACUCAUUAAAUUAACAGGAUUUAGGUCACUACUACCAUAACGUUAUCCACACUCCACAAUCCAGUAGGUGGCGGGAAUGCACCAUUUAAGUUUGGUUUGCCAACCGCCAUUAAACUUGAAAGAAAGAAAGAAAGAAAGAAAGAACUUGCCCCAGGUGUGAACGCUCGUGCAGCAUAAUCAUCAGUGACGUACAUCCGAGUCAGCGAGACGGGAGGGUCAAGGGAAGGGCAUAAAUAUAUGAAGUGGAGCACAACCGCUAUCCUUUGUUUUCCUAAUUUCUCUAAACUCUCUCUUUUAAUGUUGCUAUAGCAUUUGCUCACAUAUUCGAACACACUGGGGUAUAGUUUACAAAAGCAAAUUACUUGGGUGGGGCAUGAGUGUUAUCUGACCAGUUGAUAUUCAGUCCACGAAGUGAACAAGGACAAACACAGAGGAAUAAUGAAGUUUCAAAAUACUAACACUUUACUUCUUGUGUUGACUGGCAUCUCAGUUACUGGACUCGUUUUUUUGGGCUACAACUCUAUCUCAUUUGGAUAUAAAGAGAUAAGAUUAUGCUCCAACCUAACAAAAGAGCACCAGGAAAACCCAAGCUUGCAAUCACCACAAGGGCUUUCAUACAAUCAGCCCAGAGUAGUUGGCCUCAAUGGCAAAGUUAUUGCCGUGACACCAUGGUUAGCCCCAAUUGUAUGGGAAGGAACUUUUGAUUCAUUUCUGAUUGAUUCAAUCUACAAACAACAAAACAUCACCAUUGCAACUACAGUCUUCGCUCUUGGAAAAUACACAACGUUUCUUAAAGCUUUCCUGGAGUCCGCAGAGCAGAAUUACUUUGUGGGAUUUCGUGUGCAUUAUUACCUGUUCACCGAUCAUCCAGAACAGGUUCCUGCAGUGAAACUGGGUGAAGGUCGUCAACUGACGGUGUUGAAAGUGGCUAGUUCUAACAGAUGGCAGGAGAUCACUUUGCGUAGGAUGGAAAAGCUGGAGAAACUGAUCGAAAGUCGAUUGGUCAAUGAAGCCGACUAUGUUUUCAGUCUUGAUGUGGACACAAAGUUCUACGGGCGAUGGGGGGCAGAGUCUUUGGGUCGUCUUAUAAGUGUGAUACAUCCUGGUUACUAUCAAACAUCACGUAAACGUUUCCCAUAUGAGCGCAGGCCCGAGUCUCAAGCAUACAUUCCUGCUGCUGAGGGUGAUUAUUAUUAUGGAGGAGCUGUGAUCGGUGGCUUUGUGAAAGAUGUAUAUAAAGUUGCUAAAACCUGCCGGGAGCAGUUGGACAUUGAUGCAGCUAACUCCAUUGAGGCUGCAUGGCAGGAGGAGUCUCAUUUGAACAAGUACUUCCUGUAUAACAAACCCAGCAAGGUGCUCUCACCAGAAUACCUGUGGCAGGACUUCAAACCUCACACAAAUGAAGUCAAAAUCAUUCGCUUUUCUCAAGUUAUUAAAAACUAUGCCGCAGUACGUCCAAACCCAUAAUAGCUGUUAACUGAUACAUAAAUAUUUAUGCACUUUAUAUGCAAUUAGUAUGAAAAUGCCCACAAGUUAUGCAUUUAAAUGUAACAGAUGUUUUUGAUUGAUUAACAAAAGGUUAUUUGGAUGAAAUGCAUAACAUAGCAGGAAAACAGUUUUACAAUUAAAUGGAAUCAAUAAGAGAUAAAACAGUAUGUCAUUAUUGUCAUACUUUAACAGCAUGAAUGGAUUAUCAAAUUUAUUUCUACCCCUCACCACUCUGCCAUAAAGAGUAGCCAACUGAUCCCAAAUGCUGGUUCAUACACAAUUAUCAGCACUUUUGCAAAGAUGAUAGAGAAGGCAAAGAAAAGAUGCUUUGCGCAUCAAAAAACAACAAUGCUGAAAGAUUUGAAUGAUGUUUUCCAUUUAGUAAAAUAAACACGAUCUAACGCUGUGAAGUAGCACUGGGAGUGUCUUGUUGUAUAUAACACAUUCUGAAUAUUUUGUACACUUGUGAGAGAUUGUUUCACAUUUAUUCUCAUUUACAUCACCCUGGAUUUUGGUAAUGUGUGUUCUAGUUCUAAUGUAUGUGUUUUAUAACCCUUAUGUUUUUAAAAAUUCCUGACAGAUAUAACACUACAGUGGCCGAGAGGUCUCGUUGCAUUCAAGUCUUUUGCAAAUCUAAAUUACAAAUAGUAAGUUCAAAGUCAACUCUUAUCUUAAGAUAUGUACUCAUCUCCCUAAACAACCAUCUAUUGGAUCACCACAUCUUGUAAAAAAACAUCAGGCUAUCAGUGAUGGGAUAUCAUUGAGAGGGAUACCACCAUGGCAUUUCAUUACAUGGCCAAACGUUACUCUUAGCCCAAAUAGCAGACUUUAAUUUCAUCAUGUCUCAAUAAUUGGUUUAUAUGCUUUAUUUGCUUUGGGUUUCAUUUAGUGCUUUGGAAAUUGUCUCAGAGCACCUUUAGAGUGUGCUAGGUGAAAAUCCCCCAUGAGCCAACACACAAUAACACUGACAUGGAAAUACUCCCUGUCUGGGAAUAAGCAUGAAGCACUGGAAGGAACAAAUAAGACCAGAUAAAUUAAAGCACUAAAUGUAUAAAGUCACUUCCUAAUGGUCUAACUGAAUCAUUAACUAAAAUAAUUGAUUUUUUUAUUCUUCUGUUGUUUUAAGCAGAUAUAUUUUAAACUGUUUAAACUUACUAUUUCUCUCAUUAAACACUGGCCUUCCCAAUGCUAGAAAAGCUGAUCAGUUUUUUUUGUCAUUUAAAAAACAUUUUAUGCAAUGCAAUAAGGGUUUUACUGAUCUUAUGGAAAUGUCAUGAAAAUUCAAAGUAAGUUCAGCCAGAUAAUAAUCAAGCAAACAAACACUGUGACCUCGUGGUUUUUUCGUUUACUUUUUUUUUUUUUUUUUUUUUUUUUACAUAUUUACUAUUAUUCUUUGAAUAAAGGGAAUCAUAAAUGUC